AUGAAGUCGGAAGGGGCGCCGAUGCUGCCUCUCGGUGCGGGCCCUCAACAGGGAACCCCGAGGCACUCACAGGCUAAAGGCUUUUUGCUUGCUUUUCUGACUCUGGUUUUAUUCUCAAUCACCUUCCUGGACAUCGGCUCCCUGGAGCGGCUCGUGACAGGGUCGACACAACGAGAGCGAGACUUCAGAGCUGGAUGCGCACAGCCGGAACCUUUACGUCCGGGCGAGAACCAGGACCUCGACAAGGUGUACGAGCACAUUAGCAGCGCCGCUUUCAGGAAUGCUACCAUCAAACGUCUUUCCGGCGCUGUCCAGAUCAAGACGGAGUCUUUUGACGAUCUGGGAGUCAUUGGCGAGGAUCCGCGAUGGGAUGUCUUCUAUACCUUCCAUGAGUUUCUGGAGAAGACGUUCCCUCUCAUCCACAAACACCUGUUAGUAGAGAAGGUCAACACCCACGGACUGCUGUAUACCUGGAAGGGCAGUGAUAAGUCGCUGAGGCCGACACUGCUCAUGGCUCACCAAGACACGGUGCCGGUGCCCCCGGAGACUGUUGACGCCUGGAAGUACCCCCCCUGGAGUGGAGAGUACGACGGCACGCACAUCUGGGGCCGCGGUGCCAGCGACUGCAAGAACCAGCUCAUCGCGACUAUGGAAACGCUCGAGCUGCUCCUCGAGGCCAAGUUCCAGCCAAAAAGAACUAUAAUAUUGUCUUUUGGCCAGGACGAAGAGUGCAGUGGCCUCCAAGGUGCAUCCCAGCUGUCCGCAUUCCUUCAGGAACGCUACGGAACCGACGGCAUCGCGGUGAUCAUCGACGAGGGCAGCAGCUUCGAGCGGGCUUGGGGCACGCUGUUUGCGAAGCCCGGCACAGCCGAGAAGGGCUACACCGAUGUCUCCAUCACAGUCCGGACGCCGGGCGGUCACUCCUCCGUUCCCUCCGACCACACCAGCAUCGGCAUCCUCAGCCAGCUCAUCACUGAGAUCGAAUCCGAGCAGUACCGCACCCGCCUCGUCGACUCGAACCCCUACUACACCCAGCUCCAAUGCGGUGCCGCAUACUCGCCCGAGUUCCCCAGCAAACUCAGAAAACUCCUCCACCACCGCCAGCCCCACAACACCUGCCACGCUAAACCCGACCACCUCGCGCUCGAGGCCGCCAAGCAGGGCCCCGAAAUCAAAUACCUCAUGCAGACCUCCCAAGCCGUCGACGUCAUCUCGGGUGGCAUCAAAGUCAACGCGCUGCCGGAGCGGGCCACCGCCGUCGUCAACCACCGCAUCAACAUCGGCGAGACCCCGCAAGUCGUCAAGGACCGGCUAACGGCAGUGGCGGGCGCCAUCGCGCGCCGCCACGGCCUCGCCCUGCACGCCUUCGAAGACGGCCAGGACGAGGCCCCCGCCUCCAUCGUCCUCGCCGCCUCCGACCACGAGCUGCAAGUCGCCCCCGUCACGCCCGCGGAUGGCUCCGUCGAGAGCCCGUUUUCGGUUCUGGCGGGCACCACGCGCGCGCUGUAUGGCGAGGAGGUGGUGGUUACGCCGGGGAUUAUGACGGGGAAUACGGAUACAAGGUAUUAUUGGGAUUUGAGCAGGCAUAUCUUUCGUUUCUCGCCGGGGUAUGAUCCUGAGGAUGGGCCGGGUUUGGGGUCGAUCCAUACGGUGAAUGAGAAGGGCGGCACCAAACAAGUGGCGAGGUUACAACUCCGCGCUUGGCCCGCUGCACCACCACCAUGA